AUGGCCAUCGACUAUCGGCAUGGUAUCUCGAUCUUCGAGAUCGUUGUAUACUCUCCAACCCUUUUCCUUGCGCUCUGGAUGGCAAUCAAUCACGGCUUCAAAAGGAGCUCGGGCUGGUUCUUUUUUAUCGUCUUUUGUCUUGCCCGCAUUGUGGGCUCAGCAUGCUAUUUGGCAACGAUCAACUCUCCUUCGACUACAGGUCUAUACAUUGCCUGGGCUGUUUGUACUUCGCUUGGGAUUUCGCCAUUGAUCUUGGCUUGCAUCGGCCUUUUAUCACGAGCGAAUGAGUCUAUCAUGCGGAAGACCGCCAACCAUCUCCCUCCAAUAAGGUUCCGGCUUGUUGGAGUAGUUGCAAUAGUCGCUGUGAUUCUAAACAUCACCGGCGUAACCGCAAGCUCCGAUAUAACCCAUGGCUUGGUCAGCACACAGACAAAAUUCGGGCUUAUUUUGUACCUUGUUGCCUGGGUCGGUGUGUGCGGACUCUUCUUCCUGAUUUCGCAACGAACUCACUGCAUCGAGGACGGAGAACAUCGGCUUCUCCUGGCCGUUGGAGUCUCUCUGCCCUUGAUCCUCGUGCGAUUGAUCUAUUCAUUGAUUUAUACAUUUGGUCAAAAGAAAGCAUUCAAUAUGCUAGUAGGGAAUGUCACAAUACAGCUUGUGAUGUCUGUCCUGGAGGAGAUGGUGGUUGUUCUUGUAUGCUUGGGUAUUGGCCUUACACUUCAAAUACGACCACCUGCAGAAUACACCCAGCAGCCUAGUGUCUCGAGCCGACAAGAAGAUUUGGUGGAGCUGGGGAGUGGCCGUUUGAUGGGACAAAGGCGCGAGAAAUGA